UAUGAUGUUGUCUCGCUCGGCAAUCUGUGUGUUGAUGUUGUGCUGCAUCUUGACGAGAUGCCACCGCUGGAGGAGGUAAAGACCAUCGAGUACCUGCGAAAAUUGACAACACAGACACACAGAAGGGAAUUUUGGGAGGUCGGCGCAAGCUGCAAUUUUCUCAUAGCUGCAGCGCGAAUGGGGCUCAGCACAGCAGCUGUUGCGAACCUGGGGGAGGAUGUGUAUGGCCAGUUUCUUCUGGACGUCCUCCAGGAGGAGGGCGUGUCGCGAUUUCAGCCGCUGGCGUCGAGUGCGUUUGAUGAGGCGCUGAAGGAGACUCUGCUGUGCUUUGUGCUGGUGGAUGACCGCACCUCCGCGCAUGCAUUCUGCAGCCGUUACGACUUUGGGCCCUGGCCUCUGCUGCCCGGCGUCGAUCGGCUGCCCGAGGAAGUGCACCAGGUGCUGAGGGAUGCGCGCGGGCUGUUUGUUGCGGGCUGCUGCUUCGACGAGCUUCCUCCCGCCGUGAUAAUGGAGGCCGUCAAAUCGGCGCGCUCGGCCGGAUCGGCGAUUUUCUUCGACCCGGGGCCCCGCUCCUGGACUUUCAGAGAGCCAGAGCGGCGCAGAGCGCUGGACGAGCUUUUGGAUUCCACGGAUGUUGUUCUCAUGACGGAGGAGGAGGCGGCGGCCAUAACAGGCACGUCGGACCCGGAGGCUGCGGCGCACGCGAUUCUGGAGCGGCCGGGCGCAGUCACGCAGUGGUGCGUGGUCAAGCUCGGCAGCCGGGGGGCCGUACUGUGCAGCAAGAGCCCGCGCGCCACCUACCGGCAACACGCCCUCCUGGUUGAUGUACAGGAUACGGUUGGCUGCGGCGACAGCUUUGCGGCGGCAGUGGUGCUGGGUUACACGCGCGGCCACCGCAUCCCACCGCUGCUUGCUCUCGCCAACGCCGUCGGGGCCGCCACAGCCAUGGGCUCCGGUGCAGGCCGCAACGUGGCCACAGCAGAGGCGAUACGCGAGCUGCUG